ACCCACUCUUCUCUCUCCUUCUCUCUCUUCCAUUUUUCUGAGUUGAGAGAGAGAAAGAAAGAAAGAAAGAAAGAAAGAAAGAAACUGAAGAAAGAGAAAAGACAGCUCUAACUUCCCAACGAGAUAAUAUAGCAGUGUGUGUCUCCUUUUUCAUUUUCAGUCCACUACGCUUCUUCUCCGUUUCAUUCACAUUUCCACCUUUUACCUUCAACCCAAAAAAAAGGGAAUUUUUUUUUUUGAAUUUCAUACCUUACAGCAACUACUUCUACUUCACUUCAAAUCAUUCUCUCACAAUUCUACCUCUCUAAAUUUACUUUCAUUAUAAUUUUAUUACUAUCUAUCUCUCAAUUCGCCUUUUGGGAAUUCGAUUAUUUGACUAGUCUUUUUGUUCAGCUUUUUUUCUUUUUUGGGUUUGAUCACCAUUCAUCAACUUGUUCCGCCCCAAGUUGUGAAUUCGCCGUUUUUGGGUUCAGGUUGGCUCCGAUCGAAUUGGGUAUUUGCGGGAUCUGCGAAGGUGUCUGGUUGUUGCAAAAAGUUUUGAUCUUUGCUUUGCGGGGACGAACUCAAAACAUCGGUUUGGAUCUGAUCGGGGCAGAAACAGCGCCAUCAGAUGGCGCUGUUCAGAAGGUUCUUCUACCGGAAGCCGCCGGAUCGGCUUCUAGAGAUCUCCGAGAGAGUUUAUGUUUUUGACUAUUGCUUCUCUACGGAUGUCUUGGAAGAAGAUGAGUAUAGAGGUUAUAUGGGGGGGAUUGUGGCGCAGCUACAGGAUCACUUUCCAGAUGCUUCUUUCAUGGUGUUCAACUUCCGAGAAGGGGAUAGACGCAGCCAAAUCUCAGAUAUAUUUGCUCAGUAUGACAUGACGGUUAUGGAGUACCCUCGGCAAUACGAGGGUUGCCCCCUUCUGCCAUUGGAGAUGAUCCAUCACUUCCUUCGAUCAGGUGAAAGCUGGUUGUCUUUGGAGGGGCAACAAAAUGUGCUUUUGAUGCACUGCGAAAGAGGAGGUUGGCCCGUGCUGGCAUUUAUGUUAGCAGGUCUUUUAUUAUACCGUAAACAGUACACUGGGGAGCAGAAAACUCUUGAGAUGGUGUACAAGCAAGCUCCAAGAGAACUCCUACACCUUUUAUCUCCCUUGAACCCACAACCUUCACAGUUGAGAUAUCUUCAGUAUAUUUCAAGGAGACAUUUGGGUUCCGAGUGGCCCCCUUCUGAAACACCCUUGUAUUUGGAUUGUCUGAUUCUUAGGGUCCUUCCGUUAUUUGAUGAUGGAAAAGGUUGCAGGCCUGUGGUACGUGUGUAUGGUCAAGACCCUUCAAAUCCUGCUAAUAGAAGUUCGAAGCUUCUUUUUUCAACUUCGAAAUCCAAAAAGCAUGUUCGCCACUACCUGCAGGCAGAGUGUAUUUUUGUGAAAAUCGAUAUCCGUUGUCGUGUUCAAGGGGAUGUUGUUCUUGAGUGCAUACAUUUGAGUGAAGAUUUCACUCGUGAGGAGAUGAUGUUUAGAGUCAUGUUCCAUACUGCAUUUGUGCGGUCAAAUAUAUUGUUGCUGAGCCGUGAUGAAAUUGAUAUAUUGUGGGAUGCAAAAGAUCAAUUUUCUAGGGAUUUCAAAGCAGAGGUGCUUUUCUUGGAUGCUGAUGCUGUUCUACCCGAUCUAACCACAGUCGCAGCGAAUGAUGAUGCAAAUGAAACUGAAAGUGCCUCCACUGAAAGUGCUUCACCUGAGGAGUUUUAUGAAGUGGAAGAGAUUUUUAGCAAUGUAAUUGAUGGACAGGAAGGUAAAGGUGAGUAUGAUUCUCAUGCUAUUAAUGACAGUGCUGUCUUUGAUGGAAAUCAUAAAGAGGUUUGGAAGGGGGAGUUGGAUUCUCACGGCUUUCAGGAUUGUACGCCAGAUGAUGGGCUUCAAAAACGGCUCGAUGAGAUGGAUUCUGGUAUUAAUGAAGUGAAAGACAUCUCUGUUGAUGAUGUGAAAUACAAGCUUGAUGAGAGCAUGGAUUCAGAUCCUCAUGCAGUGAAGGACAUUGCUGUGGAUGAUGGAAAAAUUAAGUCAACCGCUGCAAUAUUUUCAGACAUGAAAACAAUGGAAAUCGAUGUGGAUGUGAACCAGGAAAUGGCAAUCCAAAACAAAUAUGAUGAAGAUAACAAAGCUAUAGAAAGGGACUUAGAAUCCAAGGCAGGGCAGCAGAUAGCUGAUAUUGCAAGACAAAAAUCAGGUAAACUUGUUCCAUUGGCUCCGAAGAAACAACCUCCAUCAAACUCAAAGCCAAUGGGAGAUUCAAUUACAACAAAGCAAAAGACUAAACAGCAAGAAACCCAAAGUUUUCAGUCAAAACAAGCUAAGCCUACUGCAGUAACUCAAUGGAUUCCUUCUAACAAGGGUUCUUACACAAACUCAAUGCAUGUAUAUUAUCCAUAUAGGAACAAUAGUGCACCUGCAGCACUUACAAAUUAUACAGCUCCAAAGGAUAAAAUGGAAGAUACCAAAGUGAAGUCUUCAUCUGCAUCUGCUGCUUCUACUGACACGAGAAUUGAUCUGAAAAGUCGCAAGGUGGCCCCUACAAAAUCUUCAGGCAACACAGUAGUAGGAUUGGAUGCUAACCGCCCUCAAUCAUUACCAUCUGUUAAAGAAACAUCUUUUGACUUUGAGUUAGUUACAGAAGCAGAUCAACAGAGCUCAGAGCAAGAGCUACGACCUCCACCACCGCCUCCUCCUCCUCCUCCACCUCCGCCAAGAAACUUUUCUUCACGUGUUUUUGAACCCUUAUCGUUUCAGGAUGAUGUAUCAAGUCAAGCAUCUCAAUCUCCACUGGUAUCCUCAUCCUCUUUGGGUGGAAAUGUGUCUACUGCACAAGCCCCGCCACCUCCACCACCGCCACCGCCGCCAUUUUCAAGAUCAAUUAGUAAACAAAAAGUAGGGAUAAGUUUACAACCUGCAACUUCUCCUCCUCCCGCUCCACCCCCAACUCCACCACCACCCCCAUUUUUUGGGCAAAACAAGGGGAGCUUACAACCUUCUCCAUCCUCUUGGAAGUCUCUGUAUUCCUCAAUUUCCACUGCUGCGGAAUCUAGUAGUUCUGAGGUAUUUGAAGUAGUGGGUCUUGCACCUCCUCCUCCUCCACCAAUGCCUCCUUCAAGCUAUGGUGUUUCAUCCAUUCCUCCACCAGCACCACCUCCUCCUCCUCCUCCUCCUCCUCCUCCUUUAACAUCAUCGGUUCCUUCUCCUUCAACAACUAGAGUUCCUCCUCCUCCUCCUCCUCCACCACCACCACCACUUCCUACAUCUUCCAUGUAUAGGGGUGCACCCCCUCCACCACCACCACCACCUCCUCCUCCUCCUCCUCCCCCUUUUAGUCAUGCUUCAACAUUGCCACCUGCUCCACCUCAGACUCCUUUUAGUAGAGCUCCUCCACCCCCACCACCUCCUCCAUUUGGUAAAGCUCCACCACCACCACCACCUCCACCUCCUUUUAGUAAAGCUCCAACACCACCACCUCCACCUCCACCACCUUUUAGCAGAGCUCCACCGCCACCACCUCCACCACCUUCUAGUAGAGCCCCACCGCCACCACCUCCACCUCCUUCUAGUAGAGCUCCACCGCCACCACCUCCACCUCCUUUUAGUAGAGCUCCACCUCCCCCACCGCCACCUCCUUUUAGUAGAGCUCCACCUCCCCCACCGCCACCUCCUUCUAGUGGAGAUCUGACUCCCUCGCCACCACCACUUUUGACUAGAGCUCCAUCUCCUCCACCACUUCCUCCAUUACAUGGAGGCCCACCUGCACCUCCACCUCCUCCAAUGUCUAGAGCCCCAGCUCCUCCACCUCCCCCUAUUCGUGGAGCACCACCUCCUGCUCCUCCUCCUCCUAUGCGGGGAGCACCCCCUCCUCCACCACCUCCUGGGGGUCGAGGUGCACCUGCUCCGCCACCUCUUGGUAGUCGAGGCCCUCCUCCUCCGCCUCUUCCUGGUGCUUCCGGUGCUCCUCCUCCACCUAGACCUCCUGGUGGCGCACCACCACCUCCACCCUUGGGUUCUAAAGGUUCAAAUGUUGGAGCUGAUCCAAGAGGAAGAGGGCGUGGAUACGUGCGCCCUGCAGGAGCAGGUGCGGUUGCACCUCGACGGUCCUCCUUAAAGCCAUUGCACUGGAGUAAGGUUACAAGGGCAUUGCAAGGAAGUUUAUGGGAAGAAUUACAAAGAUUUGGAGAACCUCAAAUUGCACCAGAGUUUGAUGUUUCAGAGCUAGAGAAGCUUUUCUCUGCAAAUGUUCCAAAACCUUCUGAUUCAAGUGGUAAAUCUGGAGGGCGGCGCAAAUCUGUUGGAUCUAAAACUGACAAAGUCCACUUGAUUGACCUAAGGAGGGCUAACAAUACUGAAAUUAUGCUCACUAAGGUUAAGAUGCCACUUCCUGAUAUGAUGGCGGCUGUGCUGGCUAUGGAUGAAUCAGUAUUAGAUGUAGAUCAGGUGGAAAAUCUCAUUAAGUUUUGUCCUACCAAAGAAGAGAUGGAACUUUUGAAGGGAUACACUGGUGACAAAGAGAAUUUGGGAAAAUGCGAACAGUAUUUUUUAGAGCUGAUGAAGGUGCCACGAGUAGAGUCAAAGUUAAGAGUAUUCUCUUUCAAGAUUCAAUUUCUGUCUCAGGUUACAGAAUUUAAGAAGAGUUUAAAUGCUGUGAACUCUGCUUGUGAAGAGGUCCGAAGGUCUGUCAAGCUGAAGGAGAUCAUGAAGAAAAUUCUUUUUUUGGGUAAUACAUUAAAUCAAGGAACAGCUAGGGGAUCCGCAAUUGGAUUCAAGUUGGAUAGUCUUUUAAAGCUUACUGACACUCGUGCUUCUAACAAUAAGAUGACACUGAUGCACUAUCUUUGCAAGGUUCUAGCUGAUAGGUCGCCUGGACUGCUUGACUUCCACUUAGACCUUGUAAGCCUGGAAGCUGCGACUAAGAUACAAUUGAAGUCCUUAGCAGAAGAGAUGCAGGCAAUCAUCAAGGGACUAGAAAAGGUUAAACAGGAGCUUGCUGCAUCUGCAAAUGAUGGACCUGUGUCCGAAGUUUUCUGUAAGACAUUGAAAGAAUUCAUAUCUGUUGCUGAGUCAGAGGUAGCAUCUCUGACAAGCCUAUAUUCUGUGGUGGGUAGAAAUGCUGAUGCACUCGCACUAUAUUUUGGCGAGGAUCCUGCUCGUUGUCCAUUUGAACAAGUCACCACAACUCUCCUAAAUUUUAUAAGGUUGUUUCGGAAAGCGCACGAAGAGAAUUGCAAGCAGGCAGAGUUAGAGAAGAAAAGAGCCGAGAAAGAGGCUGAAAUGGAGAAGGCUAAGGGCGUUAACUUGACAAGGAAGAGUGCAAAAGAUAGUUGACGACUGUGUUUUCUGCAUUUUUUGCACCAACAUCAUGCUCUUGCCAAAGAGUAGGUAUCUUCCCAUGGUAUGAAGGGGAACACUGCUUCUGGACUUUAAGAAGCCUACCUUUCCAUGAUGAUGAUGUGAUAAUUAGCUUUUCGACCCGGUCCAUUCGAGGUGGAAUUGCAUAUUCCUGCUCCCUGUGGACCUCUUGAUUCAUUAAAUGCUAUGGUGCCGGAAUCUGCACACACAAGUUUAUGCAAAUGACACCAUGCUUCUGUUGCUUCAGAUGCCCUCCACGGCCAGCGAGUGCUACGAAAAACAAUGUAUCCGGUCCCACGUCGAUUCAAGAAGAAAUUUUGUAUUUUUCAGUGGCUUUGCACCAUUGAUUUAGCUGCUUCCUGACCUUCUUGGAUCUGUAAAGCACCAAAGUCAAUUAUAGUAUAAUGAAAUCUUGUACAAAGCUCUAACCCUUUUCAUUAGGAUCCAAUUCUUUGUCAUGUAACAUAGAAAAGAAGAUCAAAUUAGUCUACCUUUUGAUAGAGAUUUUGGUAGUACCCUCAGGAAAAAAAUGUUGUAUAGCUGUCAGAUGAGUUGAAAAUAGAAAAUCAGGUGAUCAUUGUAUUGUAACUGUAAUAUAAGUGAAGAGUAGGCCGAAUUAGGAAUGCUAGUUCCCAUUUUUCAUGUGAAAAAAAUACAAUACUCGGAUGUGUAACACGUUUUCCGGCUCAUGAAAUUUUAUCACGCUGGAUUAUUUCUUCA